GUGGAGGAUGAGCCUGUCAAAAGUUUCAAUAUGUUUGAAAAGGGAAUGCAGCCCCAGUGUAGCAAAAGAAAAUCUUGUCUCAUUCCACAGUGGAUGCUCUACAUUAAUGAGGAGUUCCUCCAGACAUAAUGAAGGGUCUAGGGAGAGUGUUAAAAGGGAUGGUCGAACCGGCGAUUCCCCUGUUUGAACUCCCAGCUUCAAUACGCAUCCUGUGUCAAGAAAUAAGCGAUGUACGCCAACUGAAUUUUCCUCAAAUGAUUCUCCAGUCGACCAGAUAUAUGCAGAUGAUGUUCUGAAUACUGACUUCCCUUCUGAUCUUUAAAUGGAACUGCAAGAAAAAAGACGAAAAGUCCUGACAACAAGUCCCUCUGAUGGAGGCUAUGGCUGGUUCAUUGUGCUUUCUACCUUCUUUGUCUUUGGGUUGACAUUUGGCAUCAUCAAGUCCUUUGGUGUGUUCUUCAUAGAAAUCCACCAUUAUUUUGCUACCACUGCAACAGCAAUCUCAUGGAUCACAUCCAUCUCUGUGGCAACUGUACAUUUUGGAGCCCCUUUUGGUUCUGCACUGAGUGCAUACUUUGGUCACCGGCCCGUGGUAAUGGCAGGGGGUCUGCUGAGCAGCAUAGGGAUGGUGGCGGGGUCAUACUCCCAGGAUCUGCUACAGCUGUACAUCACUGUGGGUUUCCUCACAGGAUUUGGCUAUGCCCUUACCUGGACCCCUACUGUCACCAUGCUGGGAUGGUACUUUGAAAAGCGACGGCCUGUAGCCAACGCUCUAGCCAGCACAGGAGAAUGUAUCCUUACCUUUAUUCUGACCCCAUCCCUCCAGUUCAUGGUUGACCAGUAUUCCUGGAGGGGAGCAAUGCUGAUCCUUGGAGCUCUGCAGCUCAAUCUGUGCUUGUGUGGAGCUCUAUUGAGGCCACUUGACAGACACGGUCCUUCUAAAGAUCUUACCAUAGUGGAGACAAAUAUAGAAUUGGAGAUGCUGUCCCAGACUCACAAAAACAGACAAGACUCAGAACAAAACUUUGAGCUUUUGAAAACCAAAAUCAUACGUUACGUGGACUACACGCUUAUCACAAAUUUUUCCUUCAUGGUUUACUCAAUGUUUGGUGUCUUCGCUGCUCUUGGCUUCUUCGCACCAUCACUGUUCCUGGUACCUUACGCCCGCAGCCUUGGAGUUGAGGAGUAUCAGGCAGCCGCUCUCAUGUCCAUAUCUGCGGUACUGGACCUGUCGGGCCGCUUGUUCUUCGGGUGGGUGGCUAACCUGAGGUUGUUGGAGACGAUCCAUCAGUUGAUCAUCACAGUGAUCUUGCUGGGCAUUGUUCUGCUGCUCUGCCCACUAGCAACCACAUUCACCCAGCUGGCGUUGUUCAGUGCUGGUUACGGACUGGUUUUCGGAGCGACCGUGGCCAUUCACAUCACAGUGCUCGCUGAAGUGGUGGGGGUAGAGAGGUUGGGGAGCGCUCUGGGUUUCUUCAUGCUCAUCCGCAGCAGUGGUGGCCUUCUUGGACCACCUUUGGCAGGAUUGUUCAUUGACAAAAUGAAUGACUAUGGUGCUGGCUUCCUGAUGGCAGGCGUGGCUCUCAUAAUCUCUGCCCUCUUUCUACUUUUGUUGCACCAUAUGAACAAGAAAGGAAAGCAAAAGGGAAAAGACAUCCCCUUGGAAGUGAGGAACUGAAUUUCCAAUUUCUGAAAAAGUUUAAAUUAAGAGAAUAGACAUGCAUAUCUAGAAUAAACAAAAAGGCAUCAGAUGUGGGAAGUGAAAUCAAAGCCUUAAACUGUCUGCCCCUCAUUUCCGGCCCGCAGAACCACAACCACAAUUAAAAGGGGACCCUUUAAUGUCUUUUGAAUACCAUUCAUUACCACAUAAACUGUUUAUGCCCUCUGCUGUCACAGACGCUAUGUUUAGUUAAACACCUAUUACAGGUUCUCUCUCAACUGAGUAAUAAAAUACCAGGAUAAGAGGUUGUAAGACUGCUUAGGUGUUGUUUUUAGAUUUUUUUAGAUUGUUUAAUUUGAACCCUCUCUCAGACUCAUUAGAAUUAUACUAAAACUAUUUCACAAACUGCAAGCUGAGAAACAAGCUGCACAUUUGAUGACGGCUCAGUUAUCAUUUUUAAUGGCUAGCGCCAUCUUUGAUUUUUAAUGGGAAUGACAACAAAGCUGUGAGGGAUAGACUAAAUGUUUCUUCAAUGGGCUGUACUGCAGUGUAAAGUGUUUUUGGAUUGUUCUGCAGACAAAACAUUGAUAAAAUAUCUGUCCAAGAGCAUUCAGUAUACAAACAACUCCAGACAAUAUGAGUUGUGGAAAAUAAGAUGUGUCUGUCAUCUGCUACGUCUGUCAAUUUGUUUUUUUAAUGUGUUUUUGGUCUCUUUAAUUUCAAGUUGUUUCGAUGCUAUUAGUGUACGAUCGGCAAACGCUCAUACAUUUUCAAACCGCAACUGAAUUUCUGCCUAAUCAAGCCCAGAGUGGCCCAAAAGACUCUCCCCCUCCCGUCCUAGCGUCCUUACCGACAUGCCUACGGCGCCCUCUGUACCUCCUCCUGGAAGUGCCGGGGGGAAAAAUGCAAGCAUUACUAUUACAGUGAACAACCACCCAGAAAAAGCUCCUGCUUUGGCAGGGUAGUGAAUCUAGUCUUCGUCUGGACAUGUUUACGCGUUAUGGUGAUUGCAAACGAUUCAUCAACUGGUGUUCAUCAAUCUAUACAUAUUACUGGAAUAGUAGUAGUAUACAUACUACUGGAUA